CGCAGAUGGAGGGAAGUCGGAGAGAGAGGAAGAAGAAGGGGGAGGGGGAGAGGAAGAGGGGGAGGGUGCAGAAGGAGGUAGAUACGGAUGAGGAGCAGUUAGAGCCAAAGGAGAGGAGGAAGAGGGCGUUAGAUCGGAAGAUGGAUGAGGCACUGAAGAGUACGUCAAGGCGAGGGAAGCAGUCGGGCUUGGAGUUCGAAGCGAUGAUCGACCGCGAGAUCGAAAACAUGCGCGGCAAAAUGAUUGAAGCCGCCAAAGCUGACGCCGAAGCCCGCGAAGCUAAUAAGCCCGCCAUCCACAAACUCGAGCUCCUCCCCGCCGUAAUCGGCCUCCUCAACCGCGACAAGUUCGGCUCCGAGCUCGUCGACCCGGACAUCAACCUGCUCGAAGCCGUGCGCUUCUUCCUCGAGCCGCUCGCCGACGGGAGCCUGCCCGCCUACCAGAUCCAGAAACAGCUGUUUGACGUGCUGGAGCGACUCCCGAUCAAGACGGAGUCGCUCACCUCGUCGGGCAUCGGGAAGGUCACGCAUUUUUACACGAAGAGUAAUCGCCCCCAGGCGGAUAUCAAGCGCCAAGCCGACCGCCUCGUCGCCGCAUGGACUCGUCCGAUCCUCCGCCGCAACGCCGAUUUCCGCAAACGCGACAUCCAACAAGUCCAAUACGACCCCAGCCACCACCCCACCCCUUCCUCUGCCGACCUCUCCGCCGACCUGCAAGCCCAAGCGGCCGCGCGCCGCCGCGAGCAGCUGCUCGCGACGCCGACGUACAUGAACCGCGCACGCGUGGAGAACAACGCGGCGAGCUACAGCGUGGCGCCGCGGAGCAACUACGUGCCGGUGCAGGCGGCGGAGAGCGGGGGCGGUGAUGUGAUGAAGAGGAUUAUGGCGAGGCAUGCGGUGCAGAGUGGGAAGGCGAGUCGGAAGAGAUGAGGGGGGUGGUAAGUUCUUUUGUGAUGGGUGAAGGGUGGUGGGUUCGCAGGAGGGUCUUUGCGUGGGAGCGUUUCUUAUGAAGCUAGGUACUUUUGAAGCUGGCGUAUUCGUUCUCGAUUCCAGGCAGUCCAAUGGAACUUGCUCAUUGGGACGAGAAAUCUAUGUUUUCCAACAAACUGACCUGGUGAAAUGUACAGCUAAGCUCAUCCCUAGUCCUCAACAACAUCUAAGCCAGAUACCGGAUUCCGUAGAUAUCUAUUCAUCGACUACAUUUGGAGUAGAAAAGGAAUUAUCCGAAAUUGUCCUGUUGAAUUUUAUUACAUGUAGGGGAGACAGGUAUAUUCUUCGUCUCCAUCCAGCAGCUUGGGUCCUAAUACUUGACAUCGCUGAGGACCAACCGAUGUCUACCAAACAAUGUAGA